AUUGUUACCCGUCACGGCUGGAGUAUUGUUCUCCCAACCAGUCAUCAAGACACGAUUACAGGCGGCUGUUCUUAUGCACGAGUUGUCACUGGGUAUAAUUGAUCCGGCGGGGACAAGCCGGUAUAGCCUGGGGACAGAUAUCCAUGUGAACCGAGUCACAACUCUUCUGCCUACAACACAACAUUGUACACAGAGAAGACACACAGGGAAGCUGGCUGUCUGCGGUAGUUGCUAUCUCAGUAGCGCGUUCUAUGUCCUUCUCAACCCGAAGGUUCGAAGACUCAAUGUCCGUUCGUUGUUAGGAGUUGGAUUUUUUCCUGAGUUGAAGCGAUGUCGGCCGCUCCACCUGUUUCAAACGAUGGACAAGGUGGUCUGGUUGAGUUGUCCAGCGGGCACAGCAUGUCUCUCCAGACUGCCCGUAUGAUGAACGUGUCUCUGCAGCGCCGCCUACACGACAAGGUGCAUCGGAUCGAACUGCAGCACCAAAAGACACGCCUCGCCCGUAACAUACAGACACGCGAUCUCAAGGACCUUCUUAACGCGAUCAAGUCCCAGCCUCUGGAGUAUCUUGAACCUCAAAACAACCCUCGUGCAAAACAAGGGAAGGGCGAAAACGGUUCUCAGCGUGUUUCAGCGCAAAACUCGGGUCAGAGACCUCAGAUUCCGAGACUGCUACAAACUGCAGAUCAGUCAAACCCCACCGAACUUAAACCUCCAGAUAAAACGUUACCCAUUCGCUGGCGUAACGUAGCAGAAAGGACCCCGCGGCUUGUAGCCAAUGGUAUGUCCCUAAGUUCAAUGGAGCCCACCAAAAACCCAGAAAAAAGCAUAGCCGAUAAACCGACUGUGUCGCAACCGCUGUUACCUGGGCUGUUUCCAGGACGACCUACAAACAAUAGCCAACGACUCUCUCCUACGAGAUCAGCAAACGAGCCCGUUCGAUCUGCAUCUGUUUCGAACAUGUACAUCAAAACGCCGUCACCGGGGGGCACUUCUCAACCUGUGCCGACUCUGAGCUUCAUACAGCUGGCCUCACAAAUGAAGGCCUUCAGCCUCCCAAACCUGCGGAGAAAACAACCCGUCAACAACAACGACAAGCCGUCCCAGAUUGCCAUGGCAACCAAACUGACCAGGAAGCAGAGGUGUGCGUCCUAUUCGAUAGGGAUGGAGGGGGAGGGGCCAGCAAGCCCCGCCCCUCUGCGCCUACCCUCCUUAGCCAAUGACACAAAGUGGAGCCUCUCCUUGCGUCGAUGAUUGACACAUAUUAAAACUAUUGAAUGCUAAUAUUGCCAUGAAGCUUAAUAAGCCUACUAAGGAGGCUCUAAGUGUCAAGCUUUUUUGAGGCUUUUAAGGUAAACUACAAAGGACAUAUCUGCUCUUUGUAAGGACUUAGAAACACUAACAAGAAACUGGGUAUGUUGCAUUAAAAUGACGUUUUUAAGCCCCAAAAUAGUAGCCUGGAGUCCAGCCUUGUUAACUUUGGUCCCCUUCCCUUGCCACAAUAUCUCCGAUAAAAGGAAACUAACUUGAAGCUAAUAUUGUUUUUCAUAUGUAAAACAAGGAUAUGAUGCAACUCAAAACUGCAUGUUAGCAUAUCAUGGUUUGAAUGAUGUAUACGGGCAAUAGUGCUUUUAUAAUGAUUUGGGUUUGAAAGUGCUUCUAACCUAACAUUUAUAUACAUGUUCGAAUGGUAACAUGAAAGACUUGUGUUAACAUUAACCUUUGUGCAAUGUGGACUUAAACAAUUAUCAAAUUACAGUACAGGUCUUGAUUAACUUCCCUUCCCAUUAAUUUCUUGUGCAAAUCAUGUUUGGUUUGCUAUCAAAAGCAGAGUAAAAGCUGACUAACACACAGU